CCUGCCGUAAACGAUGAGAAUCAGGAUUCCAUUUGCUGUGUCAUUUCUUUGCCAGCUUCCAAUAGCAGCAUGGCUAGGUUUGGCACCCAGCCUCAACAUCUCAAACGACAAAGUCCUCCACUUCUUCGUCUUCUUCAUCCUCACCACUAACUUCUACUGGAUCGUCGACACCACACGACGACGCGUAACGCACGCAACAGCUCUCGUCUGCGUCCUCGGCGCCGGCGUGGGAAGCGAGUUCUUGCAAGGGUUGUUGCCGUAUCGUGAUUUUGAUUACUUUGAUAUCGCUGCAAACGUCGCUGGCUCGGGACUGGCCCUCCUUCUGUCGUCAUGGUACCACAAACGUAUGCUGGAGAGGAAGAGAAUGGCCAAGUAUGGAGCCGUACCAACUACGGAUGAUCACGAAAACCGAGACCUCGAACUCGGCGAGACACCCAGCUCCGGAUCGCUGAUCAGUCAAGAAGAGGGAGUAGUCUCCUUCGACGAGGAAACGGGAGUCUCAGAUGAACCGACAACAGUCCCACCAACAGACACGAAGUAAAAGUGCUCGUGUUUCCAAAUAGUCUAUUAUUCUUUUUGAUUUGGAUACCUCACCCCGCUCCCUGAGCCCUGAGCGGCAACAAAUACCCUUUCCACUGCGCUACCUACUUUACAUUUCUCCAAAACUCCCCUAGACCUUCUCCUUAACGCCUAGGCAUACCC